AUGACCCAAUUGAUGAAUUUAAAUGAUAUCAAUGUAGGCGGUCUAUAUGAAAUUUACAAAAAAAAUCCGGAUCCGCACUAUAUGUGCUCGAAUGAAUUAAACUCUUUAUCCCUACUUAAAUCCUACAGCAUGAUUUAUAUUAUAGAAAUGUUAAAUCAAAAAUUGUUCCUACCUUCUUACAACAUAAGUAUUGGUUAUUUCAUCGUGCCUACAUGUUCUAAUGCUGCGACUGCCCAAAUUCAAUGCGUAAUUAAAAACGAUAUCAGGUACCAAAUUUCUUUGGUAGGUUUGAUUGGACCCAUAAGUAGCCACCGCGCACUUUACGUAUCGCCAUUAUUAUCCUAUUACAAAUUGCCACAUAUCAGCCCUGAAGCGAAUUCUGUGAAACUUAGAGGAAGGGGAUCCAAUUACCUAUUCAGAAUAACUUCAAAUCAAAUAUCAUAUCUCAAUGCAUUACUCAGUUUGCUGCGACUAUUUCAAUGGAAUGAAAUAGCAAUAAUUUAUUCCCCCACACCAAAUUUGAUUUGGUACAGAGAUCAAUUAAAUACAGCAGCUACUCAGGGUAAGUUUUGUAUUUGGCAUGAAAUAGAGAUCAAAACGAUUAAGGCAAGCAAAGAGAUGAAAAACUCUUUUAAAACUUUGAUAACGAGUAGAAGGGGAAGAGUUGUGUUUUUAUUUAUUAGUGAUUAUCAAUUUGAAUAUGUUUUAAAUUCAAUACAUUCCGCAAAUUCCGAUCCCGAUUUCAUUUACAUAGGGAUUGAUUCAUGGCCAUCGACACGACAAUCAGUAAAGCUAGGCUUAGCUAAAAUGGUUGAAGGGGCAAUAAUAGUUUCUGAAUUUGCAACUGAAUCAACACAUUUUUUCUCUUGGUUAUUGAACAAUAAUGAAAGUAUUAAUAUCCAUCAUUCAUGGUUUUCUAAGAUUAAAAAUAUUUUUUAUGAUAUAAAAAACGAUAGUAUGUUCAAUUCAAAUGUUAUUCAAUAUGAUAAGAGGAUUUCUUUAAGCAUGGAUGCCACCAUGGCUUUACUUUAUUCUUUAGAAGAUCUAAUAAAGGAUAAAUGCUAUGGUAUGAAUAAAAUCCAAUUGAAAAAUUGCAUAAUGGAUAACGAUUUAAAAUAUUAUAUUCAAAAUUUAUCAUUUUAUGGAUUAUCUGGUAAAAUUAAAUUUGGAUUAGAUCGUUCUGUAAAUAAUCCAUUACGAAUUGGUAACUUUCUCAAAGUCAAAGGUAAUUAUGAAAUAAUUACGGCAGGAAAUUUCGAUUAUAAUAAGAAAAACGAGAGCCAAUUAAAAUUGAUAACGAAUUUCAUUUGGAAAAAUUACACUUACUACGAUGAUCUAACGGCUCCUACCUCACGUUGUUCGGCACCAUGUCAAAUAGAAGAGUAUAAAAUGACAACCUCAACUUCCAGCUGA